AUGGAGCGCUCAAAGACAAAUGCAACCUCCUCCGGUCGCUCCUUCCUCUCUCGAACCCUCACCAGGCGCGACGACGGAGAGCAAUCGUCUGAAGAUGGCAAAGGGCCGUUUGGGUUGAACACUUUGUUUGACCCAGAUAACCCGGCCGUCGCGGACCUUGUAUUCGUACAUGGUCUGGGUGGAGGGUCGAGAAGUACAUGGACGAAGUCCAACGACCCGUCGCUGUAUUGGCCAAAAGAAUGGCUUCCACAAGAUCCUCGGUUCCAAGAUGUCAGAAUACACAGCUUUGGGUACAACUCCAACUGGGGCAACGAGAGCAUUUUGAAUGUGCACGACUUUGCAAAGGCGCUCCUUGGAUCUAUACAGGAAUGUCCUCUAAUCCCACAUAAUUCCAGGGCUCCAUUGAUCCUGAUAGGUCAUAGCCUCGGUGGUCUUGUAAUAAAGCGUGCAUACAUUAUGGCAAGACAAAAGGGAGGAUACGAGAAAGUCUCUCAACGAGUCAAGGCUAUACUGUUUCUUGCGACACCUCACCGCGGGGCAGACCUGGCUCAACUCCUCACCAAAGUCCUCAACGUGUCUCCGGGAGCGAGACCCUUUGUGAAAGACCUACAUCGCAACUCUCUGGCAACCCAGUCAAUCAACGAGGAAUUCCCGCAGUAUUGUCAGGAUUUAAGACUCUACUCCUUCUAUGAGACACUACCUAUGGCAUAUGGCCUUGGUAAAAGCCUCGUGGUAGAAAAAGACGCGGCUGUUCUAGGUUACCCGAACGAGCAUUCAACAUACCUGAAUGCCAAUCAUCGAGAGGUCUGCAAGUAUACAAAUCAAGAGGAUCCAAACUACCAGACCGUUCGGAAUGCUCUUGCAUCAACUAUCGACAAGCUGCAGACCAGCGUCAUUCCUUCCAAGCAUGAGGUCAACAGUGAGCAGCGAAGGCGGCUCGGCGAAUACCUUGGGGUCUCAGAUGCACUUGAGGACGACUUCAUGGACAUUGACGCCCUGCGAUUACCAGGCUCUUGCGAGUGGCUCAUGAGAAAGAAAACAUUCCAAGAGUGGCGAGAUACAGCAACUGCGCAACUCAUGUGGAUCAGUGCAAAGCCUGCCACUGGAAAGACCGUAUUGAGUGGGAAAGUUGUCCAUCAUCUUAAAGACUUGGAGCGAGACAUCGCCUUCUACUUCUUCGACUAUCGCAACAAAGCACAGACUACCAUCAGCUCCUUCCUCUUGUCAAUGACGACGCAAAUGGCUCACAUGCAUACGGAUGUUCUGCAGACUGUGCUGGACAUUUGUGAGAAGGAUGAUCAGCUAUGCAAAGCCGACUAUCGUACCAUUUGGAGAAAGCUUCUUAUGGAGGGCAUCCUCCGAGUCGAAUUUGACAGAGCGCAGUACUGGGUGAUUGAUGCGUUAGAUGAGUGUAAAAACGGCUCUGACUUGGUUCCCUUCCUCCUGAAGGUCAUAGAGAUGCGCUCAAAUAUACGUAUACUACUGACGUCCCGCGACCGCUUCGAAUUUCAUAGACAAGUCGUACAUCCUCAGGUCAAGGUGGUCCAGGAGGAGAUUCUAGCUGAUGAUACUAAAUCCGAUAUUGCAUUGUACCUCGAGGCGAAUAUGGACCAACUACCUUCAAUUGAGGAAGAAGAUGAAGAGGGCACGGUCUCCAAGAUACUGGAGAAGUCUGCAGGGUGCUUUUUGUGGGUCAGCCUGAUUUUACAAGAGCUGAGACGAGUCCAUACAUCCGCCGAGAUCCGCCAGGUCCUCGAGGAAGUUCCUUCUGACAUGAAUUCCCUCUACUCGCGAAUUCUGGAUUCAAUGUCCAAAGCGCCUCCUUAUGGAAAGGUGCUUGCGAGAGCAAUUCUGACCUGGGUGGUAUGUUCUUCUCGACCCUUGACGACAGAUGAGCUGUACCACGCACUCCAGAUCGACAUCAAAGAUAAGAUUAAUAAUGUCAAAGCAUCGAUCGAGUCGCGCUGUGGUCAAUUUGUUUAUGUCGAUGCGCAAUCGCGCGUGCAAAUGGUACAUCAGACGGCUCGUGAUUUCCUGCUCCAGUCCAGCGACUUCUCAGAAUUUGGAGUUGAAGAAAGAGCGGGUCAUAGAAGGCUGUUUAUGACCUGUAUGGAAUAUCUGAACGGCAAUGAGAUGAGAAGUCCUAAGCACCGGAGACUUAGCUCGGGUAAUUUUGCCAUGGGACGUGGUCUGUUCGUCAAUUAUGCAUGCAAUUCAUUCUUCGAACAUGUCGUUUACGUGUCAUCGCAGGACGAUGAAGCUUUAGCUGCCUUAACCAAGUUGCUAAGCUCAACAAACGUACUUUCGUGCAUCGAGUAUAUCGCACAGUAUUCCGACCUCAAUCGUUUGAUCCAGGCGGGCAAGGCUUUUCGGAAGUUCUUGCAGAGGAGGCUGAAACAUCUAGCGCCUGUAGGCAGGGAAUUUGUAGUUCUGGACUGCUGGGCUACUGAUCUCAUCCGACUCGUGACGAAAUUUGGCAAGAACAUCAAGGAUUAUCCUUCCUCCAUAUAUCACCUCGUUCCUCCAUUCUGUCCACCUGAGACUGCCCUUCGGAAACAAUUUGCAGUUUCUGCGCGAGGAAUCGCCGUGUUUGGCUUAUCGGCCAGAACUUGGGACGACUGUUUGUCCACCAUCGUCGAUUCGCAAGAGCAGUUUACCGCUUUGGCUUGUUCGGACAGCUUCUUCGCUGUCGGUAUGUCUAGCGGAAGGAUCGUGAUAUACAAUGAGACUACUUGCCAGCAAAUUCAAACACUGAAUCAUCCAGAGCCUGUGAAGCUAUUAACAUUUGGGCAGAGGAUGGAUAUACUUAUUUCUGCCGGGCCAAGGAAAGUGCGCAUAUGGGAUGUACGCGCAUUCGAGCAAGUAUGGGAGUUUGCGACACCUCAACAAUGUAUGUCCCUGGCGCUGAUAGAGGAGGACCAACUCCUGCUUGGAGCGCUCAAGAACAACAAUUUGGCAAUCUGGGAUCUCGCUGAAGGAACCCUCAGAGACACUGCAGAUUGGACGCUGGAUCUCGAAGGACCACAAUCCCAUGCACAUCGUCGCCCUAUAGCGGCAGCGUUCUGUAUAGAAUCAUGUCUCCUCGCGGUAGUCUACCGAGGUCAAGACAUACUUCUAUGGAAUUUGGACAGAGACGCACUUCACGAUACGUACAGCAAGGCUGGAUCUAGUAGUAAGAAUGCGAAGGUGGACGUGAGCGCUGGUGUAACGGGAGGCCUCGUCUUCAGUGCAACUCCCAAUGCAACUUUAUUGGCCGCCGCCUACUCAGAUGGAGAUCUGGUCUUAUUCGACACCCUAGAGGGAACAGUCAGGGAAAAGACGUCAGUGAACGCGCAAACGCUUGCAUGCUCUCCUGAUGGGCGGACUCUAGCUACUGGCGAUUCUUCUGGCUCAAUUCAACUCUUUGAGUUCGAAAAUCUCAGGCUUCUCUACCGAAUAAACUCAGAUGAAUACUGCAUCAAAGAGCUAGCUUUCACCGGAGACAGCCACCGUUUGCUUGACAUCAGAGGAUCAGAAUGUCGAGUAUGGGACCCAAUGGUCCUGGUGCGCCAGGACGGCGAUGAAGAAAAUAGCGAUACAAUAUCCGUUUCAACAGCACCACAAGAGAUCAGCUUGGAGCCAAAAGAGAACGUCGUUCUCAUAACCUCAAUGAUUUGCCAUGUAGAUGGCGGGGUAUUCUUUUGCGGCAAAGAGGACGGAUCGGUCUAUCUCUACGAAACCAAGUCUGGGCGGCAAAGUCAUGAAUUAUUCAGUCAUGCGAAAGGGGCCUCUAUCUUGUCACUUUUCUUCGACGUCGAAAGCAAUACGCUGAGCAGUAUUGAUAACGCUAGUCGCGUCAGAGUCCACAAAUUGAAGCAGGGGCAACAGGCUUGGGAAGCCACUGAUACACUGUUCGACCAUCGCGCAGGUGCUGCUCUGAAACAAGUACUGACUAAUCGCGGCGCCACACAUAUCCUUCUAUGCACAGGCAAGAGUGAUACGCUUUGCUACAUAUCGCCCGGAGAGAUGAGCACCGUGAUAGAGACGAUCUCGUGGCACGAACGUGGUCCCUCCAGAUGGACGACUCAUCCGCUGAACGAAGAACAUUUGAUCCUCAUACUGGAUAAUAUUGCACACGUGUACGAAUGGCAAUCGUUGCAAAGGCUCACGGGAGAGCAAGGGAUCUUGCUGGAGGGCAGCAUACUCCCUGAGCUAGCCAUUCGCUCUAUCAUUCCCUGCUUCAACAACACAACGAUUGCGACCACAUUUGGUGAAGACUCAAGGCCCCAAUCAAAGUCCAAACUUCUACUCUGGGACGCUGCCGACUUCGGCAUCGACUCAAUGAUUGCAGCGCCCAUACCUAGAUAUCAUUCUCUGGCCGAUCAAGUCAAGACCCUCAUCGGAGACGAUGGUAAAAGACUCGUCUUCCUACGCAGCGAUGGCUGGAUCUCCUCGGCAGACCCUCUCAGCGCUAAUGCUGACCAUUAUGACCGCCAUUUCUUCCUCCCAGCCGAUUGGCUGAGUACCGAUAUCAAGCUGAUGAUGAACGUGACGCAUGACGGGGACAUCAUUUUCGUGAAACGGGAUGAGGUGGCGGUGAUCAAGCGCGGGUUGGAUAAUGUUGAGGAGGAUUCUAGUAGUAAGCCGGGAAAGAGACCCUCACUGCUGGGAAGGGAGCGUGGGAAGAGGCCUUCGCUCAAAUUGCCCGCCAGGACUUUCUAG